GCGGCGGGCUGAUAGCGCGCGCGGCGCUGGCGUCGUCGUCACUACCGGUGUCUUUAGCGGCGACCUGUUCGGUUGCGGUGGUGGCGGUGACAGCGCUCGGACCUUGCGCGCCCAUCUCUCGGAGCAUCUGCAGGAUCCAUCUAGCGUGGAGCAUCAGCAACACCAGCCCUACUAAGCACCCUAGAUGUGGAGAUGAGCCAUGGGCAGGCGAGUGGUGCCGACUACGACUACCUCAUCAAGUUCCUGGCGCUGGGCGACUCCGGCGUGGGGAAGACCAGCUUCCUCUACCAGUACACCAACUCGACAUUCAACAGCAAGUUCAUCUCCACCGUGGGCAUCGACUUCCGAGAGAAGAGAAUCACGUACCGUUCGCCCGAGGGUGGCGGCCGCAGCCAGCGCAUCUACCUGCAGCUGUGGGACACGGCCGGCCAGGAGAAGUUCCGCAGCCUGACCACGGCCUUCUUUCGGGAUGCCAUGGGCUUCCUCGUGCUCUUCGACCUCACUAGCGAACAGUCCUUUCUCAGCAUCCGUUCGUGGCUCGAGCAGCUGCGCACUCACGCGUACUGCGAGAACCCGGACGUGGUUCUGUGCGGCAACAAGGCGGACUUGGAAGAAGGACGCGCCGUGACCGAGGAGCGAGCGAGGGCCGAGGCCGCCAAGCACGGCUUCCCGUACUUCGAGACGAGCGCCGCCACGGGACACAACGUGGGGCGCGCCGUGGACGCGCUGCUGGAGCUCGUCAUGCGACGAAUCCAGCAGACCGUCGACCGCGGAGGGCAGGCGCUGCCGCACCACACGGGCCCGCGCUCCCCGCUCAGCGACGGAGACCCCCUGCGAAGGGCCCCCGGAGAAGACCCGCUGCCGCCGACCCACAACGGCUGCACCUGCUAGUGUUAGGCUGCAUGGGACGAUGCCCAGAGACAAGAGGCCAUACCCUCCCACUGCCGCCAAGCGCCAAAAAACCCUCCUGGCGUCCGGCAGCGUCGGGACCCCCCGAACCCGACCCGGAGGAGGCACCUUCCUCUCCCACACCCUGAAGCGCAUGUCUCCCCAGCCCGUGCAUUCCGUGCCUGGCGACAUCCCGACGAACUGUCUAAAUUCGCCGGCGCGGUUGGCUGUGUGCAGCGCAGCGUUAUUGUUUACACUGGCCACUUGAGGUCGGGCUUUCUGGACCAAGCUUCACCGGUGUUGUUUAUUUGUUACGAGAAAGCCGUGGUCUUCUAGUCCCUUUUUUAUUUUUAUGUGUGUCUUUUUCCUCGUCGCAUUUCUUCGCCAAUCGUUUAUAUACCUGCCCCGUGGAGUUUUCUUCUUUCUUUCUAAGUUGUAGGCUGGUUCGAACGCUGUACCAGGGGUGUCCGAUAUUAGGACUGGCGUUCUUUAAAACUUCUCUGUGACUGCGAUCACAUUCGCGCGUCCUUGCGAAAGCAAAACAAAAAGCUGUGUUAAUUAUUUCAACCUCGUGAAAUCGUGACGCGAGGUUCGGAGAUUGGAGCGUUUUAUGUUGUGUUUCUUGACUCCCUAAACUAACUUUGCUGAACGCAACCUUUAAUGUUAAGCGGAAUCUCCGACAGCCCGCUAAAUGCGAUCCGUCUCUCAUUGCAAUUGUGUUGCUUGUGGCCGACUGUUGAUUUAUUCACGCGUUCAUAAAUAUGCACUGUUUGUUGGUAAGCAUGCACACUACCUAGAUAUGUUUCUGCAGUCGUAUAUGUUAAGGGGGACGUUCGUAACGUUAUUGACCGCCUGUCUACGGGAGGCGAUGCAGAUAUUGCAGAUUUGUAAUGCCACGGGAACACUUAUUAAGCGGGCCCAUAAAGACUAUUGCGUUUGGUGCCGCAAUGUUGGGCUCUUAAAGUCGUCGUUUUGCAAGUGUAACAGCUAAAUGAGCGCUACUGUGGUAGAUCCCAUACACACGAAAACGGAUGUACGGAGUCACUUCGCAUUUUAAGAACUUGUUAUUUGGCGUCACCACGUACAACUGAGAAAUAAUUCGUGUGAAAGCCCAAGAUGGCAGUGCCCAUUAAUCAAAAAAGAAAUUCACUUAGCAGGCGCAAGCAACAUGAGCGUCAGCGCAUAAGAACGUUAACUGUGGUACAAAAUGAACGAUCUGUAAUUGAAACAUUCAGUAUAUAUGCCUAUCGUUCUUGCUUGGAUAGAUUUUCCAACUGCGAAGGCUUAUAAAUAUCGCAAACUUGUGGAUGAACUGCAAAAGUUUGUUACAACACCGUCUGAAUCCCGAUUUCGCAAGCGCUACCUGUUUGGAAUUUUAUUCACUCGUCCAUUCGAAGUCGUCUCGACAGUGUUCCCGACUAAGCAUCGUGUACCAAUUGCGACGUCACAGGGACCCAGUAUAUGGUUGUAACGCGCUUCCUCUUCUACGCAUGAAGCUUCUUUCUAGAAAAAUUGGGCGAAAAGCUAGAAGUGGGUCGAUAGCUAUCCCAGGAAGCUAUUCUUUUAAAAAGGUUCCCUUACAGCGAACCGUAUCCUCAUUGCACGUCAGACUGCACAAGACAGUAAUACACUUGAUUCCUUAUUGUUCACGAUUGUUCAAAAUCACAACUUAGGCGCUCUGUUCCAGAUUAGGCUCUCGCUUUAUAUUAUAUAAGUCGACAGUUCAGGCAAGGAGUGGAUAAUGUAGAAAUAGCUUGGAAUAUAUAAAACAUACACAUAUACAGUGCCAACGCGGAUCGUUAUACAAAAACAGUGACGCGUAAUGACGUCACCAAUGGACGCCUCAACACAUGACCGCGACCAGGACGAUCUUUGAUGUUGUUUAUAUAUAUUCAAUAUAAGCCUGGACAAGUGCUGACAAUCUACCGUGCUAAAAAAAGAUAAAGCAAAAGGGCCAAUGCUAGUCAUUUUAUCCAGCUGUUGAGAUAUUUUGUUAAGCUAUACAUCAGCCCCGAAGAGCGUCAAGUUUUGUAUAUGAAUCUACUAUAUACAAUGUUACAGCCGUGGUCGAGGCAUAAAGUGCUGUGAGAUCAAAACGAAAUGCGUUUUGUAGUUAGGAUCGAAGUUAUCACUGUGUGUUCACAGAUUGAAUGGCGAGUCGUAAGGCUAAGAUAAUUAGUACCGCCACACAUAUACGGCAGUUUCGUUUGAGUUGAAAACUAUAUUGGUGGGCAGAGAACCCCCUUUAAGAGAAAAUACCGGCAGGCCUUGAGCCAUCGCGAUAGUAAAUGUAAAAGAGCUUUCUUGCCAAAGAACACUAUUCUUAAUGAGUAAAUCUAUCCGCUUCUUAUGUUCUUGUGAAUCGUCUUACAGCUGUGUUCCAUUCCUGUUUACCGCACUCGCCUAAAAUAAACAAAGACCUUGCGUUGAAAGUCUCGGUGGGGCAUAUUGCUGCUUAUGUGAGUAUACCAGUGAAGUCAUCGGCAGCUGCCGUAUUUCGAUGGAGGCAGAAUGCUGGAGGCCGGUGUAAUUAGAUUAAUGCGCACGUCAAAGAAUUACGGGGGGCCGAAAUUUCGAGAGUCCUCCGUUACGGCGUUUGGGACUUAGAAAAAUUAUUAUUAAGUCAGCCCACUGCACCAUUCGCAACCGUGAAAGCGCGAAUUCUUUCGUUUACACUUCGGUGAAUCGGAAUAGCGAUGUGCACACGCUUACGAGCAGCGUGACGAUUUAUGUGUCGGAUCAAGAACAAGGCCUCCGGGGAAGAACUCCGCGCACUUGACAGCACUAUGCCCCACUGUGCCCAAAGUCCGCACGUGGAUACAGGGUCGUACCGACGACGUCGCCGUUUCUAUACAUACAACUUCUCCCUGCAAUCCUCACUGCACUUGCAUUCACAGCUCUACAUCUUUCCCAGUGUCAGAAAAAGGAAAACCCGUGCCUCAAAUCGUUCCGACAGUGUGACGCCUGUAAGUGCAGCCAGUGGUGUGACGUCACGCGUUUCUAACUCGCGGUCUCCUCUGUCUGUCCGCGUGAAUUGAAACAAAAAACGAGGUGCGCAGAUUGUCGUCGUCGUUGGUGUGUUUGUGUGUGCACGUGACCGAAGUCGACGGGAAAUCGCGUGACGUUCGUGCGCGUGCUUGUCGCUGAACCAAUCACAGCUCUCUUUGGCGUCGCGGACGCUAAGCAACUCGAAGCGUUCGCUAUUCGAGGCCAAAGUUGUUGUAACCGAGUGACGUGCCCGAAGAGGCUGUAAGCGACACGUCGAAGAAUACUUUCUGUUAUAUCUUGUUGAGUGUGAAAUAAAACUGAAUUGCAAAAAAAAAA